CCGCCAGGACCGACCAGCGUCGCGGCGAGCGGGCACCCAGUUAGCACGAGGGCUUCGGAGGUGCCGCCUGUUGUGGCCGGCGUGUGCGUGCCGCCGCCGCCAACGCAACAGCAGCCGGUGGCGGGAUUGGGGGCGGACGAGGUGCGGGUGUUCGGUGAUCAGGUGCCAGUGGGCAUGGCGCCCGCGGCGGCGAAGAGGAAAGUCGAGGACGCGCCGGAGCUGUGGCUGGACGACGGCAGCGCCGCUUCAGGAUUCCCGGCCUCCUCCCGCGCCACCGAAAUCCAUUGUCUCGUGCGUACUCCCUCUUAACUCAAAUAUCCCCCAAAUCACACUACCGGCGUAUCCCAUAAACGAACUCGCGUCGUGGUGCGUGCAGGACGAGGAGGUGCCUCCGCCCGUUGUGCCCGAGCUGUGCGCGGCGCUACCGCCGCCGCAGCCGGUGGCGGAGGUGCAAGUGUGCAGCGAGGAGGUUCUGGUGAUUGCCGUGCCAGUGCCGAGCGAGGAGAGGGCGAUUGUGCUGCACAAGCCAGACGACGCCGCUCGCAACCUCCUCCUCGGCCCUCUCCGCCCGGAAUUCCCUCUCCGCGUCAGCCCCGAUUGGAUCCACGGCCUCAAGAGCACCGGGCUGCGAGAGGCGAGAGACCUCCAUGGACGAGACCUCCACCGUGCUCUCUUCGAGGAGCUAACCAUGGACGAGACCUCCAACUUGACCAUGGUACCAUGGGUUCCCGUGCCCUCAAAUUCCCAGGAGGCCUCCACGUCGGGCGCGGCGACGACGACGACAGAGAUGAUGGACGCCGAGGACACGUCCAUGGAGGUCAAGCAAGGCGGGGGAUCAGGGUGAUCCCAACUCGCCGCCGCCGACGAGGCGCCCUACCACCAAUGGCCGCAGCACUGCAUGACGCCCUCGUGCGCGACGGCGGCGGCGAGGUCGGUCCCCUUCUCGAGGGGGACGCGAUGAAGACGACGGGCAGCACGGCGGGUGCCCGCUCCAGCUCCCCCAUGGCUCCCCUACGGCGGGUGCCCGCUCGCCGCGACGCUGGCCGGUCCUGGCGGCGGCCGCGUGCUGGUGCUGGAGCGGGGUGGCGCGCCCGCGGAGUUCCGCCACUCCGGAGAGCCGAGAGCCGAGUGGGAAAGGGAAUUAUAUGUGGGGCACACGUGGGCCCCACCAUAUUAUUUUUUUCGCUGACAUGUGGGCCCACGUGGGCCCCGUUAUUUUUAAACUAUUCUUUGGUGUGUAGCUGACAGGUGGGCCCGCGAAUUUUAUUAUUUUUUCGAGAUAUAAUUGCCACGUAAACGCCACGUCAAUGCCAUGUGAGAUGGAGACUAGUCAAACAAGCCACGUAGGCGCCACGUCAGCCAAAACCGCCUUCAAAACCGCUGAGAGACCUCGUUUGCCUGAUUUUCGUAAGUUGGAGGACGGAUCGUACCCGUUUUGUGGUCUAGGGACAAAAAUCGGACUGAGCAAAUAGAGGGACCCAAAGUGAACUUAUUCCCUUGGGAAAUGAGCUUCAAGCCUUUCUCACUUGUCACUCCUCCGCCCCCCAUUCCCACUUCGCCGGCGUCCCAUUCUCCUCUCCUCUCGCCGCCGGCCGCCGCCGCCUCGCCCUCCUCCCCUCACCGGCAACGAAUCUCCCCUCCUCCUCCUCGAACUGCGGUCAUGCCGCUGGGCGCCGCGGGCGACGAGGAUGCGGCGGCGGUCACGGGCCCGUCCUCCGCGGGGGAGCCGGCGGCGGGGAUGGAGUUCGCGUCGCCGGAGGAGGCGAGGGCGUUCUACUGCACGUACGCGGCGCGGGCGGGGUUCCGCGUCCGGAGCAGCAAGUCGUUCGCGUCGCGCAUCGACGACGCCAUCAUCAUGCGGCGCUUCGUGUGCACCCGCCAGGGCCUCCCCUCCCGCAAGGACACCCUCCUCGACGCCUCCAAGAAGCGCCGCAACCGCGCCUCCGCCCGCGCCGCCUGCCCCGCCAUGCUCCAGGUCAACCGCCGCCCUUCCUCCCGCUGGCUCGUCUCCCGCUGCGUCCUCCUCCACUCCCACCCCCUCGCCUCCUCCUCCUCCUCCGCCGACGCCGCAGCCACCGACGCGGCCGAGCCCAACGACUCCUCAUCGGCCGAACAGGAUGGCGGCGCCGCGGCGGCGGCCGCGGCGCUGGCGCCGGGAGGCGGCGUCGCGCAGGGGCUCCUCGACCACUUCAGGAAGCUGCAGCUGGACAAUCCGGCCUUCUGCUACGCCGUCCAGAUCGACCGGAGCGGCUGCAUUGCCAAUUUCAUCUGGGUGGAUGCGCGCGCGAGGUCACUGUACCGACGGUUCGGGGACGCCGUGGUGCUCGAUCUCACCUGCAGGAGGAACCGCCGCGCCGUGCCGUUCGCGGCGUUCACCGGGAUGAACCAUCAUAGGCAGGCUAUCGUGUUCGGCUGCGCCCUCAUGACCGACGAGAGCGAGAAUUCCUUCGCGUGGUUGUUCGAGACAUGGCUUGCUUUCAUGGGUGGGAAGAAGCCGAUGUCGUUCACGAUCGGUUACAGUAGAGAUGUCGAGAUGGCUGCCAUGAAGGUCUUUGGUGGUGAUGUUAGGCACCGGUUUUGCCGACGGGACAUCUUCUUCAUCUGCAAGCAGAAAUUGGCCAGUUUGUAUUCGGAGCAUUCGACACUGAAAGAUGAAUUGAAGGAAUGUGUAACUGAAUUGGAAAGGAUCGAUGAGUUCGAGUCGACUUGGAGGAUGUUGCUUAGCAAAUACAAUCUUUUCGGGAACGAGUGGUUGCAAACAAUAUACAGUAUCCGUCACCAGUGGGUGCCUGCCUAUCUGAAGGAUAGCUUCUUUGGUGAGAUAAUCAAUGCCCCGAAGUUGGAGACGAUGUUCAAGUUUUUUCAGAGGAGCUCCAUCACUACCACUACCCUGCGAGAUAUUGCAUUUCAGUUUGAUAAGGCUAUAGCAAGGGAUUAUCAAACUGAACUCCAGGAAGACUUUGCGACUUUCAGUAGCAAGCCGGUAAUGAAGUCUUCACAUCCAAUGGAAAAACAAGCAUCAGAGCUCUACACCAAAGUUAUGUUUGACUUGUUUCAGGAUGAGCUUAUUGAAUCAUCGGGGUUUUUGGUGCAGAAUGUUGAAAGUGGGGACAUAAGCAGAUUUGAGGUAACACAAUCUGAAAAUGCCAAUAUAAGAUACACUGUUCUUUAUAGUGAACCACGUGCGAGCGUAUCUUGCAGUUGUCACAAAUUUGAGUUUGCUGGUGUGCUGUGCCGGCAUGCACUAAGGGUUUUGACAGCUAUUGGCAUACCAGUGCUUCCUGAAAAUUAUAUUUUGAAGAGGUGGACAAGAAAUGCCAAGAACAACAUAUUAUCUCAAGUUCCGGCAAACACAAAAGGGUCUUUGGCUUGGCGGUGUAAUGAUUUGUGCCGUGAUGGUAUCAGAUUUGCAGAGGAAGGUGCAACAUCUGAGGAGAUUUACAAAACUGCCAAGGAGGCUUUGCAGAAGGCAUUUGCUGAGAUUUUGCCUCAAAGUGAAGCCCAUCUAAAAUAAUCAGGUGGCAGACUUAUAAGGAUCAUGUCCAUGAACAUGCUGCUGUCACCAUUCAGGACUGAUGUGGAACUGGAUGCACUUUGCCAAAAGGGCAACUGCAUAGUUUGUCAUUGUACAUGUUUUUUGCCAUUUUAAGAGAAUUACAGGAAGCAACAACAUAACUGCACUAUGUCCUCCAUUAGUCACCCACUCAACCACAGCUUCAUUUGAAGAGAAAAGACUCUAUUACUGUACCAGAACUCCUAUCGUUUGCCUCGUUGUCAAUGAAGAACCAAGACCAUCUGCCAUAUGGUCCUUGGGCUACAUGGGGCACAACCGCACAAGAGAGCAGCAGGAAGAACAGAGAUAGGGUCCAGAUGGGUCAAUUAGCUAGCGCGUGCUUGCCAAGUAUUAGAGAGAGAAUUCUUGUUAUCUCCUAGCUUAGAGGUGCACUCCCCUUAUGAUUUGAUUAUCAAAAUCCUUUAUAUUAUGAGGAUGGAGAUAGUAGUUUGUAUUAUCAUCUGUUCAGAAUCAAGAACAUGAUUAACCUAUUUGCCCUACCUGUCUCUCCAUCCUGUUAUGCUGCUUUGCUGAACCCCUCUUUCUCUGUCUUGUCAUUGCAACUAUCAACCAAUCUUUUCAAUCUUCUCCAAGACCCCCACUUCCUGCACCAGCUACCAUCACCAUCUAC